AGUUUCUCCUUCUCCUUCUUCCUCUCACCAAAAACUUUCUUCUCCGUGUGGGUUCUGUGUUUUUUGUUUCCCUAAGGUGUGUGUAGUCUAGCUGUGUAUGUCAAGGACUGCUUGUGUAUGCAUAGUAUAGCUCCUCCAUUAUAUAUACAUACCACUCUCUCUCAGAAGUUUAUAUAAACCCCAUUCAACUUCUCUUAUCACUCUCUCAGACAGGAUCCUUCUUCAAAGCUCAAUGUCUUCUUUCUUUCUCUAAGUAAACUUCAAUCUUUAUAUCUCAGUGAUCUUUCUUAACUUCAAUCUUAACCAGUGACUGUUUUGAGAGUGAAAGAAAUUGAAAUCUUUUUAUCAUUUCAUUGAUCAGUGAUCAUUAUAUAAAAAUGGUACUACUUGAUCAAACACCAAAUAAUUCAGAGGGAGAGAGUAGUACAACUAGUAACUCAUCAUCUCAAUUAUCAUAUUCAUCAUCUGAUCAACAACAGCAGAGUAAACAUGUUGCUGUUAUCUCAAAUCAACAACAAGAAUCUAAAGAACCUAGUAGUACUGAUGAUCAUGAGAAACCCACGACAGGAAAAAGAGCGAGAGAUUGUGGGAAACAUCCGACAUACAGAGGUGUGAGAAUGCGUAAUUGGGGUAAAUGGGUAUCAGAAAUUAGAGAACCAAGAAAGAAAUCAAGGAUCUGGCUUGGUACAUUCCCAACACCUGAAAUGGCAGCAAGAGCUCAUGAUGUAGCUGCUUUGAGUAUCAAAGGUAACUCUGCCAUUCUUAAUUUCCCAGAACUUGCUUCUUCAUUACCUCGUCCGGCUUCCACAUCACCUCGUGAUAUCCAAGCUGCUGCUGCUAAAGCUGCAACAAUGGAACCAAACUUCAAUAAUUCAGUAUCAUCAUCAUCACCAUCUCCGUCAUCAACAGCAACAUCACCCUCCUCAUCAUCGUCAUCAUCAACAUCAACGUCGUUUUCAUCUUUAUGUUCUAAUAAUACUGCUACUGCUACUACAACUACAUCCAGCUCUUGUUCUGAUACUUCCAAAAACAAUAUUCCUACAACAGCUGAAGAUGAAUUGACUCAAAUCGUCGAAUUACCUCGACUCACUUCCUAUUUCGACGAAUCACAAGAAUCGCAACAAAACGAGUACAUCUUUAUUAAUGAUUCGUCCAUCGACGGUUGGUUUUAUCCUACUCCGUGGUUACAAAGUCUUAAUGAAGAUUGUUCUGGGUUCUUUCCUGAUCAUCAGCAGAAUAAUUUAUUUCUUCCACAUGAAUCUUCUUCAUCAUCAACAACUUUUGAGUCCUUGUUAUGGGAUUAUUAAUUUCAGUCAUGUUUUCUUUUUUGUGUGUGUUUCUUUUGCUUGUGAGUUUUAGAGCCCUUUUUAAUUUUUCUUCUAAGGGCUUCUUAAUAGUUUAUAAAUACAGUUUCAGUCUCUUCUUCUAGCUAACUCUUUUUUGAGGCUCUGGGUCAGUCAGUGUGCCAAAUUUAGUGAAUCAAAAUCUCUCUAUGUACAGUUUUAAGGAUCAAAAAUAAGUUCUAUAAAACAUGCAACAGUGGUAUUGAAGUUA